CCGGAAAGGGCGGUGAAAGAUAUAUUGGCCACUCAAUUGUUAUUUGUUGCUGUUGCUGACACUUCUCUCUCACGUCUUCGAAGAAGGGAAUGCCGUUUUCCAUCGCCCGUCUUCCUUCUCCAGGACAUGACAACAAAUAUGAUUUCAAGUCAUUUGCAAACCUGGUCUUUAAGCACCCAGGAACAUCUUUUCAGUGGGAAGUUUAAUACAGUUCCACGUUAUUAUGCAUAUUCAUCUCUACUUUCACCAACCAAAGGUCUGGUUUCCAGAGAGUGUCAAAAAUACAGAUUUGCUAACAGGAAAACAACAAGGAAACAUUGGAAAAUUGUUCCAUCUGCUACAACUGGUGGAGUGGAUCCCUCUGAUUCAACAAGUGAGGACGAUGAUGAUGAUAAUGAAUCUUCAGACAAUGAAAUCAAAGAUGUAAAUGAUGACAUUAUCAGAAAAAACUUAGAAAGGAUGAUUGGAAAGGAUGAUUCCAGUUUUAGUGGGAUUGACCUGGCAAAUCUUAUUAGAAACAAGUAUGGGAGAUCAUAUGAUGUUCAGCUCAUUAAGAAGGAAUUCAUGGGAAGAAAUCUCCUUGCUAUGAAUGUUAUGUGGAAGUACAGGGAACAGAGAUCAUUUCCUUUGACGGAGGAAGAAUAUAUACUGAGGUUAGAUGAUGUUGCGAAUAAUUUGAGAUGUUGGGGAGCCGUUUCACACAUUCGGAACAGUCUAGAAAAGUCAAAAGAGAGGCCUAGGAUAGGGAAGGCAGUAAGCAUUUUCAUAGACAUGGAUGAGUCUGGUGGACGAGCAAAGGAGUGGAUCUACAGGUAGGUGAAAAGAAGAGAAGAGAUCAUCACUAGGAGAAGUCGAACAUCGUCCAUAUGGUUGACAUGAUAGAUGAAUACAAUGGUUAAUUCUUUCUUAGUUCAUUCAUUGAAUUUGGGAUGAACAUGAAAUGCCAUUAGUUUGUAGUUCGAAACCACCCAAAUAUAGUAUUAUUAUUCAUUUGAUUGGCAAUAUAUACAUAGUGGGGCUAAUCCCUUCUAGA